AUGGCUCGGGCGAACCUCCUGCUAAGCGCCGAGCUGGAGCGCGCGUUCGCCGAUGCGCAGAGUGGCAAGCUUCGCUUUGUCAAGGUGUCCAUAGAGGGCGAGUCAUUCGUGCUGAGCGCAGCUGGUCCAGCAUCGUCAGAGCCGCGCAAUGAUGUGGAGCAGCUCGUGACUUCCAACCUCAACGCAGAGCAGGCAGCGUUUGUGCUGCUUUGCCCCGAUACAAACGUGGCUGCCUUGCGUUGGGUACUUCUUGCCUUCGUACCCGAGAGUGUGAGCGUUCGUGACCGCAUGUUGUACUCGUCGUCCCGGGAUUCGCUGAAGAAGCAACUUGGUCUUAAUUAUUUCUCAGGAGAGUUCCAUGCCACAGAGCUGAGUGAAGUGACAUGGGCGAGUUUUUUGGAGGCGAGGAAGAAGCAGGCGGCGGACGCGCCUCUGUCCGAGUCGGAGAGACUGCUGAAAGAAGCGGCCUUGUUGGAACGCGACACGAACGUCAAGUCGAGUGCGAUGGGCGUCGUACCCUUCGAGAUCACGCAGAAUGUGCGUGAUAAGCUGAGGCUGCUGCAGGACAACAAGUUCGACUGGAUCGCUAUGAAAUUGAGCGAGGAUAAUGAGAGUGUCGAAGUGGUGAAGAGUCUGGAGAACGUCCAGCUGAUCGAUGUGCCUACUACACUAGACCGUCGCUCUCCGAGCUUCGUGGCGUAUCGUUACCGGGCAGGAGCCACGUCAGCUCUGAUUUUCAUGUAUGUGUGUCCGGAAGACUCGCCCGUGCGUCUGAAAAUGGUCUACUCGACAUGCAAGGCUACGGUUCUCUCUGUCGCCAACGAAGAACUUCACAUCAAGUUUGACCACACGGUGCGCUCAUGUAGCGGCCCUUCGGUUGCCCCCACCAUGUUAUAG